GGUAUUUUAGUGGUUCCUUAUGGUAUUUCAUCCAUUUGAUCGUCUUUAUGUAAUAGUUUACAUUUCUUUUGAUUCAUAGUAGGUUUUAAUGUUUUCCUCUGUGGGUGCAGGUUAUGUUGGUUAUGGACAUGGAAGUACCUGCAUUUGUCCAACCUGUACAAGAGGAGAGAUUCCAAAAAUGUGUAGGCGGCUCGUGAAGACGAUACAGAUGAAUGUGCGAAGGCUCACUUCCCUGAGGAGAGUUCUGUCGGAGUCCUGGAUAUUCUCCUGUGUCACCGCUUUUGUGGUCAGAGCGAUCUUCUCUGCUGUAUGCUCCCAGUACAUGGAGAGACUUCGUUUUGGUGAUUACGAUUUAAAUGGUGAAUGCGGAGUUGUCUUCGUCAAAGGUUCCUUAUGCAAACUGUCCCAGUGCGUACUUUGUUUUGUUUUAUUAUUUUUAAUUUGUCUUGUGUCAUUCAUCUUUUAUUUACUACAUGUGUUGUUUCAGCGCAAGAGGAAGACGGGUUCCAAAAUAUGUGAGUGGUCCCAGAAGGUGCAGGCAAGAACGAAGAAUCGUGUGACAUUUGUGUUGAUUAUGUUCGAUGCUUAUAUAUAUAUAUAUAUAUAUUAUUUUGUUGGUUAAAUCUUUAGUCAGUUUAGUUGAAUAUUCUGUAAUAUAAUAUUUGUAAAGUAGUUUUGUAUAUUUUAUUGUGUUUAUUUGAUUAUUAGUUGUUUAAUUUGAUAAUAAUAAUAUGUAUAUAUAUAUAUAUAUUUAUUUUACAAUAUAA